AUGAAAUGUCGGAUCCCAAGGACACUUGAUUGGGAGUUGCUAGACUCGCUAAAAAUCUCGGAAGACGUGAGGAAAUACUUGAAGGCCCUCAAUCUUGACAAGUACGAAGCCAUGGACAAUGUGGCAUGCGCGGAACUAGUGGUUGAAUUCUUUACCACAUUUGUACCACACGACAACGGCAAGUUUUUCACUUGCCAGAUGAAAGGUAAUGAAUACAAGGUUGAUAACAAUGUGAUGCAUGAGGUAUUUGGUUUCCGCACGACAGGGUCUCGCAAAGUACCCGGUGAUUUUGAGGUGGACAAGCCUAGGGCCGCUCUUUCUCCAUGCGAUAAAUUCAAAGUCAAGGGCCCAUCGAAUGGGCUAAUCAAAGAUGUGGCCAUUGCGGUGGUAUAUAAAUUUCUAUGCUACAAUGUUUUUGGCAAAAAAGUUUCCAACAAGGUUAGCGAGCAAGAAGUUUAUUUAUUGUGGGUAAUGUGUGCAAAGAAGCCCAUAUGCAUGACUGCAUUCGUUAUAGAGACACUCCGAGGAACGGAAGUCUUCGCCACGCGCCCUCCGAGAUUGACCAAUAUCGUCACCGGGCUCGCUAAGCACUUCAAUGUUCAAAUUGAUGAAGUGCCGCUUCAACUGAAGAAGAUUGUGUUGUGGGAUUUGGUGAAAGCCUAUCUCGUUAAGAACAGCACCACGAUCAUUGAUUUCAAACAUCGUGGUUCCUCGCAGCCACAGCCUCAUUCCGAGGACGAGGCGGAGGACGAAGAAACACAUACCAACCCGACGGACUAUUUCCUCCCUCCAGCAGUUGACACGGGCGCUGCGGACGCGCAUUGGGAGGAGCACAACAAGAGGCUCGAUACCUUUAUUGAGCAUAAUGAUAGGCGUUGGGAGGAGCACAACAAGAGGCUCGAUGAAUGUUGGACCCAAUGGGAGUCUCGACAAUUUGAUCAGUGGAAACAAUGGGGCGACCAGUUCCAGCAAUGGGAUGUUCGCUUGAGUUCAGGCAGCAGCCUACCCUACCCUCCACCUCCACCUCCACCUCCAGCAUCGGAUGCACAUGAUGCACCGUGA